UGCAACAUGAGCCUAAUAAAACCAGUUCUGUAGUCUGUGCAGUAGACUUAAUACAUUAUCACAGCAUAUUGGCUAUGUUUGGCCUGCCAAUAUUGUUAUUCUCAGGCCAUAUUAUAUUUCAGAACUUGAGCUCUGAUAAAAUGGAUCAGUUGAUGUAUUUACUUGCGAGGCACAGCUGAGCAUAAAUUUAAAUAAUGUGCUUUUUUAUAUUACUUGACUGAUGGUACCGGCAUGGUUAUCGUUGGCAUGGUGACCACUUCUUUAAAUACAGGAGUGCAAGGCUUUAUCGUUGGCAUGGUGACCACUUCUUUAAAUAAACAGGAGUGCAAGGCUUUAUCGUUGGCAUGGUGACCACUUCUUUAAAUACAGGAGUGCAAGGCUUUAUCGUUGGCAUGGUGACCACUUCUUUAAAUAAACAGGAGUGCAAGGCUUUAUCGUUGGCAUGGUGACCACUUCUUUAAAUAAAUAGGAGUGCAAGGCUUUAUCGUUGGCAUGGUGACCACUUCUUUACAGGGAGGAGUGUUUCCCUCCCUGCUUCAUCUAGUCUCUAUUUCUGUCUCUAUUUUUUGGGAUUUCCAGGACAAGCCACCUUCCUCCCUCCAGUCCCUGGGUUGUACCUCUCCCAGGAGUGCCUUACUGCGGGGUCUGAAGAGGGCGUCUGUGUGGCUGGACGACUGCAGGACAACACCCGGGCUGAGUGGAACUAUGAGAGGAGGAGAUGAGGAGGAAGAGGGAGAUUUGACUGAUCAAAGAGAGAGACAUGACUAUCCUGGAUCCUCUGGGGCACCUCAACAACAUCCUGACGCUGACAAGGCAGAGAAAAGUCUCUCCAGAUCAGAACACCUCGAGAAACAUGAAUGGAGACCCACAGGGAUGAAACCUCACCGCUGCUCUGACUGUGGGAAGAGUUGCAGAUCUUCAUCAGCACUAAAAAAACACCAGACAAUCCAUACAGGAGAGAAACCUUAUAGCUGUUCCCAGUGUAGGAAGAGUUUUGCUCAGUUACAAGAACUGAAAGUACACCAGAGAACACACACAGGAGAGAAGCCUUAUAACUGUGAUCAAUGUGGAAAGAGUUUUUGUUAUUCAAGCCAGUUUAAAGUACACCUGCAGAGACACACAGGCGAGAAGCCUUAUAGCUGUUCAGACUGUGAGAUAAGCGUUUGUACCUCAAGUCAACUGUUAUUGCACAAGCGAACCCACACAGAAGAGAAGCCUUACAGCUGCUUACUGUGUGAGAAAAGAUUUUCGUCAAAAUAUAGUCUGAAAUUACACCAGAGGGUCCACACUGGAGAAACAAAUUAUGGCUGUGAUCAGUGUGAGGAGAGUUUCUCCUCGUCGGCAGACCUCAGAACUCACCAGAGAAUCCACACCGGAGGGAAACCUCACCUCUGCUCCCAGUGCGGGAAGCGCUUCCGCCAACAGUCUGGCUUGAAAAGCCAUGAGAGGAUUCACACAGGAGAGAAACCUUUCCAGUGCUCCCACUGUGGGAAGACAUUCAGCCACAGGGCCACGUUUAAGGCACACCAGCGGACUCACACCGGAGAGAAGCCUUACCAAUGCUCCCUGUGCAGGAGGAGUUUCUCCCAAAUGGGCCACCUGAAAGUACACCAACAGACGCAUGCUAAAGUGAGGUCUCACCUCUGCCCACAGUGUGGUAAGGGAUACUACUCUCUAGACAUCUACAAUGCACACAUGAGAACACACAACGGGGAGAAGACUCACCACUGUGCCGACUGUACCAAGAACUUCCUCACCCUGACUCAGCUCAAAACACACAGGCGAACACACACAGGAGAGAAACCGUACGUCUGCGACCAGUGUGGGAAGAGCUUUGCCGAAUCGGGAAGCCUGACUCUACACCAGCGCUCGCACACCGGGAAAAACCUUACCACUGCUCUGAGUGCGGGAAGAGCUUUGCGCGCUCGGGGCACUGAAGAAGCACCAGCUUACACACACUGGGGAGAAGCCUUACAGCUGUGGUCAGUGUGGGAAGAGGUUUCCCAGGUCAGAUACUCUGGCUACACACAUGAGAACACAUACAGGAGAGAAGCCCUAUAG